AUGGAUCAAGGCAAGGAGAGCGUUUUCCCCUCGGCUAAAGAAGGGAUUAAAAAUCUCGCAGGGAAGGCGCUCGGCAAUUUGCACAGGCGGCUGGAGAAACGCCAGCCAACAGGUGAGGCGAUCGAGCUGACGGAGGAUGGGAGACCCCGGGAGGACAAGGAGAGGAAGGCCCCCCUGUGCGACUGCACCUGCUUCGGGCUUCCACGCAGAUACAUCAUCGCCAUGAUGAGCGGCCUCGGCUUCUGCAUCUCGUUCGGCAUCCGGUGCAACCUGGGCGUGGCCAUCGUCAGCAUGGUCAACAACAGCACCGUUCACCUAAACGGCAAGAUCGUCAUCAAAGAGAAAGCCAAGUUCAACUGGGACCCGGAGACCGUGGGCAUGAUUCACGGCUCCUUCUUCUGGGGCUACAUAGUCACCCAGAUUCCUGGAGGGUACAUCUCCUCGAGGCUGGCCGCAAACAGAGUUUUCGGGGCUGCCAUCUUCCUCACGUCUACCCUCAACAUGUUCAUCCCCUCUGCUGCGAGGACACACUACGGAUGUGUCAUCUUUGUGAGGAUACUGCAAGGCCUUGUCGAGGGAGUAACCUACCCAGCCUGCCAUGGGAUUUGGAGUAAAUGGGCUCCACCGCUAGAGAGAAGUCGUCUCGCCACUAUCUCUUUCUGCGGCUCCUAUGCUGGUGCGGUGGUAGCCAUGCCUCUUGCUGGGAUCUUGGUACAGUACACAGGAUGGUCCCCUGUCUUCUACCUGUAUGGAUCCUUUGGAAUUGUUUGGUACAUGUUCUGGAUCUUGGUAUCAUAUGAGAGCCCGGCCGAGCACCCCACCAUCACUGAUGAGGAGCGGCGUUACAUUGAGGACAGCAUUGGAGAGAGUGCUCAGCUGAUGGGUGCACUUGAUAAAUUCAAGACCCCCUGGAGGAAGUUCUUCUCCUCCAUGCCCGUCUAUGCAAUCAUCGUGGCCAAUUUCUGCAGGAGUUGGACCUUCUAUUUGCUCCUCAUCAGCCAACCUGCCUACUUUGAAGAGGUGUUUGGGUUUGAGAUCAGCAAGGUUGGGAUCCUGUCAGCUCUCCCUCACCUGGUCAUGACCAUCAUCGUACCACUAGGAGGACAGCUAGCCGACUACUUACGUACCCACAACAUCAUGUCUACCACCAUGGUCAGGAAAAUCAUGAAUUGUGGAGGCUUUGGAAUGGAGGCUACUCUCUUGUUGGUGGUUGGUUACUCUCACAGUAAAGGGGUGGCCAUCUCUUUCCUGGUUCUGGCCGUGGGCUUUAGUGGUUUUGCCAUAUCAGGUUUCAAUGUCAACCAUCUGGAUAUUGCUCCUCGUUACGCCAGCAUCCUCAUGGGCAUAUCUAAUGGUGUGGGAACCCUGUCAGGGAUGGUCUGUCCACUUAUCGUUGGUGCUAUGACAAAGAACAAGACCCGUGAGGAGUGGCAAUACGUCUUCCUUAUUGCUGCCAUGGUGCAUUAUGGGGGUGUGAUCUUUUAUGGGAUCUUUGCAUCUGGCGAGAAACAGCCAUGGGCUGACCCUGAAGAAACCACUGAAGAGAAGUGCGGUUUUAUAGAUGAGGAUGAGCUGGCCGAGGAGACAGGUGACAUCACCCAGGGUUACGGUGCAACGGGCGGUCCAGCCAAGAGCUAUGGAGCCACUGCACAGCUCAACGGAGGCUGGGUGCAGGACUGGGACAAGACGGAGCAAUACGUGCAGGAACCAGCUGGCCAGAUGUACACUGGAGGUGGUUACUCCUAG